CCCUCCUCCCGCCCCCCGGGAGCCAUCGGUGCCGCCAAUCGGCGGCGGUGACGCAACCGGGGCUGCCGACAGCCAAUCAGCGGGCAUCUUAGUGACCGGAGGGGAGGCGAAGAGGCAAGAUGGAGGCAGCGACUGAGGCGGAGGCGGUGGCACCGGCACCACCAGCCGCGGCACCCGCCGAGGAGCUACAGCCGCCCGUCGUCUUCGUGGCUCCCCUGAAGCCUGAGAUGGCCGCCGCCGCCCCCGUAGUGCUGCCGGAGCGGCUGCAGCGGCGGGAAGCGGAGCGGCAGCAGGGCGUGGAGCGGCAGCGGCAGAAGAAAGAGGCACAGGUGGUGAAGGAGGAGCAGAGUGAGUUCUUCGUGGCCGCCUUCUCCCGGGAGCGGGAGGCGGUGGAAGCGCUGCUGGCGGAGGGACUGCUGGAGGAGGCGGCCGCCCGCCUACAGGGGCUGCAGAAACUGCUGACCGAGAGCGUGCGCUUCCUGGCGGCCUACGAGGUGCGGCAGGGGCAGGAGGCCGUGGCGCGGCUCCAGGGGGACCUGGCAGCCCGCCGCCAGCAGCUGCAGCCUAAGAAGAAAUUCGCCUUUCGGAACCUCAAGAAAGAAGCGGCUCCGGGCAGCGAGCCGCGCCCCGCGGAGCCCGCCCGGCCUGCAGUCGCCGCGCCGACCAGCGGCCACGUCUCCGCCGAAGGGCCAUCGCUCUGCGGGUUCAGAGGCGCCGUGGACCGGGAGCUGGAGAUGGGCCCCGCCGAGCUGCUGCAGCGCGACGUGGAGCUCUCGGGGCUGCGGGGCUGCCGGGUGCGGCUCCGCGGCAACGCCAACACCCUGCGAGUGCGGGACUGCCAGGGCUGCACCGUGCUCUGCGGGCCCGUCUCCACCUCCGUGCAGGUAGACGAUUGCAGCGAUUGCCUCCUGGUGUUGGCCUGCCAGCAGCUCCGCACCUACUGCACCCGCGACUGCCGGUUCUACGUGCUGGUGACCAGCCGAGUCGUGAUCGAGGACAGCACUCGGGUCUCCUUUGCCCCCUACACUUGGAGCUACCCUGGUAUCGACAGAGAUUUCGAGUCUUCUGGACUGGAUAGAAAGAGGAACAACUGGAACACGGUGGAUGACUUCCACUGGCUGGCGACUGACAAGCCUUCGCCCAACUGGAGCCUGAUCCCCGAGCAGGAAAGAAUCAGCUGCUGGGACUGACUGCAGAGGCAGCUCAGUGCGGAGCAAAAAAUCCUGGUGUGAACACAUUGAUUCAUAAACUCUGGGACUUUAUCCCCGAUAUGCCAUUAAAUGAUUCCAUCCAGUAUUUUAGCUUGUGAAUUACAAUAUAUGACUGGAUGUUUAAAUUGAAUAAUACCAGUCAAAUAUAGUUUGCUGUUCUUAACACGAGUUGCUGCUAUAAUCUUUACGUAUCACUGUGGAAGUUGCCAUCUACUGCAGUACCUCAUUGAUGAGUUUUUCUAAUUAAGACAAGGCAAGGGGCACUGAUACUCGAACAACAGUGAGCCUGUAUUAUUAGAGCUGCUGUACUGCUUUCACUUGCCUAGGCAGAAACUGAAUUGGCUGCAAGUGGUACAAGUUAUACCAGAAUGACAGUCAAGUAAUGAAUUUUUCAUAUUUUUGUGGUUCUCAAGUUGUAGACAACAGUACACUAUCAUAUAGGAACGAGAGGAAAGGACUUCUGUGAAGUAGUGGGGACAAAAGGUUAAUUUAAAGGAGGAGUUUGUAACUGUACAGUUGUAGCAGACUGGGGUAAAUCUUAAGCUAUGAUGCAAGUAUGAGCCAGCUUCAAGUUGUCUUUACCUAGGAUUUUAUUUCAAGUCUAAAGGAAAAAAAUCUAACAUUUAAUGCUCUCCUAGUAUAUUAAUCAUUGCUUGAAAUUAACAAAAAUAUACAAGCUGCAUAAAUACUAAACCUUCACAUCUGAGAAUGCUAUGGGGAAGGAUGGUCCUUCUGUAAACAGCUUUAACUUGAGAUGAAUGAGAGCUUAGAGUGUACUUUGGGCACAUACAGUAAGUGCUGAUUAACAUUACAGAAUCUGGGUAGAUGGCUCUGCUCCAGUCUGAAACUCCAGGGGAGAGGUGUCCAGGUAUGUCCUACUACUUGUUUCAUCUGUUUGCCAGACAGUAAACUGUGGUGCUGUGAUCUGAGUUCACAACAGCCUGCUACUGCAAUAGUGCAGUGUUGACAGGGGGAGUCAAUAAAAUAGGAAGAUGAGAGACUGUAUUCCAAUUCCAAAAUUGUAUGUUAUCUUAAAGUGCACAGUAGCUUCAAUCUUGUUUCCUCACAGUAACUUAAGUUUCAUUUCUUCUCCUACAUAAAAAAGUAGCAGCAUUAUGGAAUAAAGUGUCUUUACAGUGGCCUGUUAGUGGAGGUGAAAUAGCUGCUAUUCCUACAUAAAGUAUACAUAGUAUUUCUAAGUAUCCAAAACCACUCCUUAACUUGUGACAUUUUGCAAGAAAUCAUUGUUUACUGUGUCUUAAGAAUCAGCUUAAUGUUGUGCUUUAAUAUAUAUGCUGCCCUACCAUCAUACAUGUGCCUCUAACAAGAUUAAUGCCAGCUGGACCAUGGAAAACUGCAUCAUUGCUAUGAGAAAUACUUGAAACUUUGUACUUGACUGGUUUUGAGCAGAGAAACUUUAUCAAAGUUGUUUUCAUCUUCUUUAAUUUAAAAAGGGGAGGAAAAAAAGGGGGGAAUGUUUAUAUAUUCUUUACAACUUUCAAGGUUUUUUUAUUUCUGUUGUAUACUCUUUUGACUGGUUUUGCAUUUCAAAUAUAUU